AAGGCGGAGUGGGGCGCCGAAGCGGGGCGGCCUAGCGCUCGGGCCCCUCCGGAAAGCGCCGAACCGCACUCGGAAGAGGAGGGCGCCUUUGCCUUCGGCGCUUCGCCCCCGCGCGGUGCCCUCUGUCGGCGGCUUGGGGCAGCUGUGGCAGCGGUGGCGGCGGGAGGCGGUAGCCGCGUCGACGUCGACCAAGACUGGAGCGACGUUUAAAGAAGGAGCCGAGUUGCCGCGGAGUCCGGCUUCUGGUUGUUGGAGGACUCCCACCCUUCCGCGCGGCCCGACGACGAGAAGCUGCGGCGCCGGGAAGCAGGCAUGGAGAGUAGAAAACUGAUUUCUGCUACAGACAUUCAAUACUCUGGCAGUCUGCUGAACUCCUUGAAUGAGCAACGUGGCCAUGGACUCUUCUGUGAUGUUACCGUUAUUGUGGAAGACCGAAAAUUCCGAGCCCACAGGAACAUCCUUUCGGCUUCUAGUACUUACUUCCAUCAGCUCUUCUCAGUUGCUGGGCAAGUUGUUGAACUGAGUUUUAUAAGAGCAGAGAUCUUUGCAGAAAUUCUCAAUUAUAUAUAUAGUUCUAAAAUUGUUCGUGUUAGAUCAGAUUUACUUGAUGAGUUAAUUAAAUCAGGGCAGUUAUUAGGAGUUAAAUUUAUAGCAGAGCUUGGUGUCCCGUUGUCACAGGUUAAAAGCAUCUCAGGUACAGCUCAGGAUGGUAAUGCAGAAACCUUACCUCCUGGUUCUAGUGACAAGAACCUUGAAAUACAAAAAUCAAAAGAUGAAGCCCAAGAAAAUGGGGCCACUAUAAUGCCAAUUAUAACAGAGUCUUUUUCCUUAUCUGCUGAAGAUUAUGAGAUGAAAAAGAUCAUUGUUACCGAUUCAGAUGAUGAUGACGAUGACGUCAUUUUCUGCUCUGAGAUUCUGCCUGCAAAGGAGACUUUGCCGAGUACCAAUACAGUGGCAGAGGUCCAGCCUAACCCAGGCUCUGUUGCUAUUUCAGAUGUUGCACCUUGUGUGAGCAAUAGCUCUCCCCCUUUAACAAAUAUCACACCUACUCAGAAACUUCCUACUUCUGUGAAUCAGGCAACUCUGAACCAAACACAAGGAAGUGAAAAAUUGUUGGUAUCUUCGGCCCCAACACAUCUGACUCCCAACAUCAUUUUGUUAAAUCAGACAUCACUUACUACACCACCAAAUGUCAGUUCUUCACUUCCAAAUCAUAUGUCUCCUUCAAUCAAUGUACUUGUGCAGAAUCAGCAGCCACCAAACAGUGCUGUUUUAACAGGAAACAAGGCCAAUGAAGAGGAGGAGGAGGAAAUUAUAGAUGAUGAUGAUGACACUAUUAGCUCCAGUCCAGACUCGGCGGUCAGUAAUACAUCUUUGGUCCCACAGGCUGAGAUCCCCCCAAAUACCGCUUUUGAUGGAUCGUUGAUACAGAAGAUGCAGAUUCCUACACUUCUGCAAGAGCCACUUUCUAAUUCUUUAAAAAUUUCAGAUAUAAUAACUAGAAACACUAAUGAUCCAGGAUUAGGAUCAAAACAUCUAAUGGAGGGCCAGAAGAUUAUUACUUUAGAUACAGCUACUGAAAUUGAAGGCUUGUCGACGGGUUGCAAGGUUUAUGCAAAUAUUGGUGAAGAUACUUACGAUAUAGUGAUCCCUGUCAAAGAUGACCCUGACGAAGGGGAGGCCAGACUUGAGAAUGAGAUACCAAAAACAUCUAGCAGUGAGACGGCAAAUAAACGUAUGAAGGUAAAACAUGAUGAUCACUAUGAGUUAAUAGUAGAUGGAAGGGUCUAUUAUAUCUGUAUUGUAUGCAAAAGGUCAUAUGUCUGUCUGACAAGCUUGCGGAGACAUUUUAACAUUCAUUCUUGGGAGAAGAAGUAUCCUUGCCGUUACUGUGAGAAGGUAUUUCCUCUUGCAGAAUAUCGCACAAAGCAUGAAAUUCAUCACACAGGGGAGAGAAGGUAUCAGUGUUUGGCCUGUGGCAAGUCUUUCAUCAACUAUCAGUUUAUGUCUUCACACAUAAAGUCAGUUCAUAGUCAAGAUCCUUCUGGAGACUCAAAGCUUUAUCGUUUACAUCCAUGCAGGUCUUUACAGAUCAGACAAUAUGCAUACCUUUCUGAUAAGUCAGGCACCAUGCCUGUCAUGAAGGAUGAUGGUAUUGGGUAUAAGGUUGAUGCUGGGAAAGAACCUCCAGUAGGGACCACAUCUACUCCUCAGAACAAGCCAAUGACCUGGGAAGAUAUUUUUAUUCAGCAGGAAAAUGAUUCAAUUUUUAAACAGAAUGUAACAGAUGGCAGUACUGAGUUUGAAUUUAUAAUACCAGAAUCUUAUUGAACUCCUUUGAAAUAUCAGGAAGUUUUGGUUUGGAUUAAGGGUCAGGGCUUUCAGAAGACCUGUAAAACAAAGGUGAAAACAAGUUGAUUUGAUCUGCCAUGUCAUCUGAAGGUAGUCUAGUUGGAUUAUUUGUUGAUAAUUUUUUAGAAGCAAAUUAUUCUGAAAGUUUGAAUAGAGAUUGAGAAGUUUUUCCCCCCAAGUAUCCAUUUUUAUAGUUAGCUUUCAGCACAUUUAAAAGAGGCAAAAAGAAAAAAAAAGCUUGGAGAGAUAGUUUCCUGAAUAGAAUUUGAAGCAGUCUGAAUGUUCUUUGAAAAUAACUGGAGUUAUUAGCAUACCCUAGUAUAUCUUGCAACUUUCCCCUUCCGUGUUAGCACUUUACUGAUGACUUCUCAAUUUUCUUAUUAUUGAGACUAUAAAUGUGUCGUGUCUUGUAUAUGGCAUAAAAAGUAAACAAGAACUUCUAAAGUUGUCCUGGAAAUUUUCAGAAUAAGUCUCUGCUUGGUUGUGUAUUCUGCUAACCCAAAUGGAUAGCAACCUCCUGCCCCUCAUGAAAAUGGCCGUGCAGACAAAUCUCUCAUUUGAAGAAUGAAGUAGUUUUAGCUAAUUAGAAUUAAACCUUGCUUUUAUUGCCAUAGUCUGGAAAAGACCUGUGGCUGGACUACUGUAUAUAUACCUUUGCAAUGUGGUUUCCGUGGGCAGAAAUACUAAAGGAAAACAAAUCUCUGUAGUGCAGACAGGAAGAGAUGAAAUGUUCUAUCGCAUUUGUUUUGAAUUCUGCACUCUUAUAUGAUAGCAACGGAGAAUGGAAGUAAAUGGAGAUUUCCUUUUUGCUUGUUAUGGUUAAAAAUAUUCCCAUGACAUUUUUCAAAUUUUGAAUCUGAAAGCCACCAAAUUAAUCUUUAUGUAUAAAUCUUUAUAAAUGACAAAUUUCAUAAAUGAGACGCCUAUAUAUUUUGGGCGGGAGGCUACUGGCAUAUAUUUUUAAAUGUUCAUAUUACUUAGAAUCUCUAAUAGGAAGUUUUUAUUUGACAUAGUUUGAAUCAGUGAUCUAGUGUUUUCCUUUCAGCAAGACCUUUUAGGUUUUUACUCCUUCUAAAAUAAGUUCCAUUCCAUCUGCAAAUUGCUGCAGUAUUAUAGCAGUCAGAAGCUAUACGUGGAAGUUAAAUAGGCUUGUUGAUUCCCAUUUAUCUUGAGAACAAUAAAUACCACCUUUCUCCCUUUUAAAAUGACACAUAUUUAAACACUUAGAAAAUAAAGUCAAAACUUAUUGAAGUGCUAGUACUAAAAGGGAAGCAGUUUGGAACAAAUAAUAGCCUAGCAUUUAUAACAGGAUUGACUUGUCGAACUUCUGUAAAUGACUUUUUGCAAAGGAAGAAAAUUAAUAGAUACUGAAAAAGAUU